CGUGGUCAAACCACUCUCCCCCGCUUAUAUUACUUGUCUACUACCCUCUGCGCUGCAAUGUCCUCACGCAGAUCAAGAAGAGCACACUCAACGCAGCCGAAAUACGCAACUGAAGACUUCGAGAUGGAUACCGAUUUCGACUCGUACAACAACAACAACGAUAUCACGGGAUCAGCUUCCAAACGCUCAUCCCGGGCCCGGACUGACGAACCAGACUCACAUCGCCGAGACAGUCGCAGCCAGGAUCCGGAGCAAGAGCAAGAACAGAAGCCGGAUCAGGACCUUGAUGAUAUCAAUGAAGUUGAGGAGGUGACAAGAUGCAUCUGUGGAUCGGACGACUUGUACGUUCCGAAGAACAGCCACGAAGAAUUCGACAAUGUGGAUCCAGGUUUUUUUAUUCAGUGUGAAAUCUGUGCUGUCUGGCAGCAUGGAUACUGUGUUGGCAUUAAAGACGAGGAAAACGCCCCGGAGAAAUACUGGUGUGAGCAAUGCAAGCCAGAAAAUCAUACCUUAUUCACAGACAGAUUUGGAAUUCGAAGGAGUAAAUACGACCCAACCCAUGAGAAUGCUGGAAAUAGCUCAUAUUCUUCUUCCGCCUCGAUGAACAGCCAGAAAAAAAGUCUCAAAAGAAAGAAUGGUAGGUUCGUCUCUACAAAAGCUGAGAACCCAGAAUCCGCAGAUGAUCUCAAUGAAGUUAAAAAGGAAAGGAAACCGUCUGAAGUUAAAGCAAUAGAGAACGAAGAAUCUACAGAAAACCACAACAAUGACCACGAGAUGUCCCAGAAUGAGGAAGAAUACGAAGAUGACGAUGGACAUCGAAGGAAACAUAGAAAAAGGUCCUCCUAUAGCUAUAGAGACUAUAACUACGAAGAAAUGUUGAAAAAAGCAUUGGAGGAAAGCGCCAAGGAGAGUGGGGUUGUUCCUGAAGAAGUGAACAUAAGUUCAAGUGAAGGACCAGGAGGAGUACGGGAAACUCGCACCACAAGCUUGAGAAAGAAUAGAGCCAAACUUCACGACGAUAUAUCAUUGACAGCUCCUGAGAACGAAGACAGCAACCCAGAGACAGAAUCAGAGCUGCCAAAGGUUGAUGAUGGCUCCACAAAAACCGAUACCGAAUUGACCGAAGUCAAGCCCGAAAAGGUAGAAAUUUAUAAGAAGCCAAAAAUUGAAGAAAGACGUCGUGCUAGAGACCCAAAGAGAACUAGACCCCGGAGAACUACAUCAGCCACAAGCGCUUCCAAUGAUGAACACGAGGAGGACAAUGAUGAUAGAUCUGAUGCAAAAUCUGUAUCCACAAAGGCGUCCAGCAGUUCUUUUAACUCAAAAAAUACAACUAACCCAAACACAAACUCUAUUUCUUCAACGCCAAAACGUAGUAGUGCCAAGAGAGAAAAGAAGGAUUCAAAACCCCCCGCAACUGAUGACAAGCCUUUUAGAGCUAAUAUACCUAGCGCAAGAAUUAGCAUGAAUGAAAUGACUCGUCGGAUAUUUUCCAUAAUGGAUUUUGUAUCGAACAUUCAAAUCAAUUUGAGCAACGAAGAAGAAUUCAAAAACAAUCUUUUCAAGAUGAAUGAUUCUGAGCUUACACAAGAAAUAACGGAGUUGAAAAGCACCUUGAUAGGGUGCUAUAAUGAUUCCAUAGAUCAAUUAGACCAAUUGACAAACCUACUAAAUACGUGGCAAAACAACCAUGCCUAAUUAUUCGUUUGAACCUGGUACGGUUUAUUUUUUUUCAUCUGUAAAUCUUAUAUUAAUAAAGCUGUAUUAUUUAAUUGCUACUUUUUUUAGCUAGACUGAGAAAGGCUCUCUAUUCUUAGAGUAAUUGCCGCAAGCGU